AUGCUAUUAGAUGACUCUAUCAGGAUGAAGAUGGAUGGUGUAGCUGCCUUGAAGGAAGACUGGGUUGCGAAGUUGGAUGAUGCUCUCUACGUGAUGAACUCGAGAAGUUUAGAGUCCGAUGAGAACGGCAAUUCGGUGUCUCCCUUUGAGCUAAUGUUCGCUAGGCCGUUGCGCCAAAGCACCAAUGCGGUAUUGGAGAGAUUCAAUAACGAGAAGCCUUUUCGACUACUGCGGGGUGCGCAACCUUUGAAAGAAAAGGUGCACAAACCAACAGUAGAAGAAGCCUCUAGAGCCUCCAAGGAAAACCGAACACUGCUUACGAGCAGGUUCGAGAGAACUUGGGAGGAUAUGAGAGAGAAGUCUCGUCAAGAAUUGAUAAGAGCAGCGUCGAAGCUACCGGUCCAGAAGAUUGUCGUUGGUGAUUGGGUGUGGAUAAGUAAACCCAAGCAACAUAAGUUGGAUAUUCCUUGGCAAGGCCCCUAUAAAGUUGAGCAAGUUCAAGGAGUAUCUGUGGUUGUUAACGCCAAAGGCAAGAAGAUGACAGAUA